AUGAGAGAUUUUGUAAUCCUCGGUUCUUCCAUCAUCACUCCUCCUCCCAACUCCCAACCACCCUCCUCCUCCUCCUCCUCUUCCACUCCACAGCACCGCCACCCAAUCAUCAAACCCCACAAACCACCCCCUCUUUCAAAGCUCAAUCCUUUAUCUCCACGUAACAACUCUUCCACCCUUCUUCAAACCCCUCUCAAACCCAAACAAUUCGACACCUGUGACAUUGAUUCCGAGGUCAAUCCUGAGCUAUUGGCCAAUGCGGUUCUUGUAGGUAUCAAAGGCAAGAAUGUUCGGAGUGUGAUUGAGAGUUUGAACAAAGUGGAGAGUAUUGCCAAGAUUUCUUUAUCUACUCAUCUUGAUGCCCCUGUCAUUGCAAAUGAGUGUCGUCAAUUGGUUACAAGUGGCCACAUUGAAGAAGCUGUUGAGUUGAUGGAGGUCCUCUCACGUUUCCAGUUAUCAAUUGCAGAACUUGUUCAGCCAUCUGACAUUCUAAAAAGAUGUGUUCUUAAACGUAAACCAAUUUUAGCUGUGAGAUAUGCGUCGCUUCUUCCACAAGCACUUAUAUUAUUUUGCCAAAUCAUAUCAGAAUUUGGCAAAAGUAGGGAUUUGGUUUCUGCUCUGAAAGCUUACGAUGUAAUGAAGAAGAACUUGAAAAGGCCCAAUAUGUAUAUAUACCGCGCAAUAAUUGAUGCUUGUGGUCUUUGUGGUGAUUUCAUGAAAUCUAGGUACAUAUAUGAGGAUUUGCUUAAUCAGAAAACCACUCCGAAUGUAUAUGUGUUCAACAGUCUCAUGAAUGUGAAUGCCCACGAUUUCAGCUACUCGUUAAAUUUAUAUCAGAAUAUGCAGAAGCUAGGCGUGAAACCCGAUGUGACAUCCUAUAACAUCCUACUAAAAGUAUGCUGUGUAGCUGGAAGAGUUGACCUUGCCCAAGACAUGUAUAAAGAACUUAAGCAUUUGGAAUCUGUAGGACAACUGAAAUUAGAUGUUUUUACCUACAGCACAAUUCUAAAGGUCUUUGCAGAUAGAAAGUUGUGGCAAAUGGCUCUAAAAAUUAAGCAUGACAUGCUUUCUGCUGGUGUUUCUCUUAAUACUGUUGCGUGGUCAUCAUUAAUCAAUGCAUUUGCACACGCAGGGCAUGUGGAGCAGGCAAUUCAGUUAUUUGAAGAAAUGCUUUUGUCUGGCUGUGAACCCAAUACACAGUGUUUCAACAUCAUUUUAAAUGCAUGUGUUGAAGGUUGUCAGUAUGACAGGGCUUUUCGCUUUUUCCAUUCUUGGAAGGGAAAUAAGAUGUUAGUGUCCUUUGAUGAAAGCAACAAUAACAAUUCAGAGCAGGGAGGCAUGCAUAAUGUUACCACAGUACCAACAGGCGUUUCUAGUUCACAUAUCUUGAGUUUUACUGAGAGGUUCCCUUUCGCACCUACUACAUCGACAUACAAUAUUUUACUGAAGGCUUGUGGUUCUAAUUACUAUCAUGCGAAAGCACUAAUCAACGAGAUGAGAACAGUGGGUCUUUCGCCUAAUCAAAUAAGCUGGUCAAUUUUGAUAGAUAUAUGUGGAGCAUCAGAAAACGUGGAUGGUGUUGUUGAGAUUUUGAAGACCAUGAUUGAUUCUGGAAUUAAACCCGAUGUUAUUGCAUAUACAACCGCCAUUAAGGUUUGUGUUGAAAGUAGGAAUUUUACGCAAGCACUAAUACUAUAUGAAGAAAUGCAAAGCUACGGGACACUUCCAAAUUUGGUGACAUAUAAUACACUUCUAAGGGCACGUGGGAAAUAUGGAUCCUUACGUGAAGUGCAACAGUGUCUGGCUAUAUAUCAGGAUAUGCGGAGGGCAGGGUUCAAACCCAAUGACUACUAUUUGGAGGAGCUGAUUGAGGAGUGGUGUGAAGGAGUAAUACAAGACAGCGGAGAGUAUGAAUGUGAAUAUUCUUACAACAAGAAACCUGAAAUAGAGAGACCUCAGAGUUUACUUCUUGAAAAAAUUGCGACACAUCUACUAAAGAGAGUAGCUGACAUCUUGGCAAUUGAUGUUCAAGGGCUCACUAAGGUUGAAGCCCGCCUCGUCAUUCUCGCAGUUCUUCGAAUGAUCAAAGAGAACUAUGCUUUUGGGCAUUCGGUGAAUGAUGACAUCUUGAUCAUCAUAGGAGCUACCAAAGCAGAUGAGAGUCCAUCCAAAGAGAUAUUAGAAGUGCAAGAGGCUAUUAUCAAACUUCUUUGGAAUGAAUUGGGGCUUGAGGCUCUCCCGGCAAAAACCAGUUUUGCACCAAAUGACAGAACAAAGUUACAGAACCCCAAACUUUUAAAUCUCAGCCUAAAAGCACUGCCAGCAGAUAAUGCAUUAGCCUCCACAUCGGGGGUUCACACAAGGAGACCAGCAGUUCUACAAAGACUGAAGGUCACCAAAAAAUCGUUACACCGUUGGUUACAAAGGAAAGUUAGCGUAAAAUAG